GUAUGGCAUCACAGCUGCAGGUGUUUUCCCCCCCAUCGGUGUCAUCGAGUGCCUUCUGCAGUGCAAAGAAACUGAAAAUAGAGCCCUCUGGCUGGGAUGUUUCAGGACAGAGCAACAACGACAAAUACUACACCCACAGCAAAACCCUCCCAGCCACGCAAGGGCAAGCCAACUCCUCUCACCAGGUAGCAAAUUUCAGUAUUCCUGCUUACGACCAGGGUCUCCUUCUCCCAGCUCCUGCGGUGGAGCACAUUGUUGUAACAGCCGCAGAUAGCUCAGGUAGUGCUGCUACAUCAACCUUCCAGAGCAGCCAGACCCUGACUCACAGAAGCAACGUUUCUUUGCUUGAGCCAUAUCAAAAAUGUGGAUUGAAAAGAAAAAGUGAAGAAGUUGACAGCAACGGUAGUGUGCAGAUCAUAGAAGAACAUCCCCCUCUCAUGCUGCAAAACAGGACUGUGGUGGGUGCUGCUGCCACGACCACCACUGUGACCACAAAGAGUAGCAGUUCUAGUGGAGAAGGGGAUUACCAGCUGGUCCAGCAUGAGAUCCUUUGUUCUAUGACCAACAGCUAUGAAGUCCUGGAGUUCCUAGGCCGGGGGACAUUUGGGCAGGUGGCGAAGUGCUGGAAGCGGAGCACCAAGGAAAUUGUGGCUAUUAAAAUCUUGAAGAACCACCCGUCGUACGCCAGGCAAGGCCAAAUUGAAGUGAGCAUCUUGUCCCGCCUGAGCAGUGAAAAUGCUGAUGAGUACAAUUUUGUCCGUUCUUACGAGUGCUUUCAGCAUAAGAAUCACACCUGCCUUGUGUUUGAGAUGUUGGAGCAGAACUUGUAUGAUUUCCUGAAGCAGAAUAAGUUUAGCCCACUGCCACUCAAGUAUAUCAGACCAAUCUUACAGCAGGUAGCCACAGCUCUGAUGAAGCUUAAGAGCCUGGGUCUGAUCCACGCUGACCUUAAGCCUGAAAACAUCAUGCUGGUGGAUCCCGUGCGCCAGCCCUACCGCGUCAAAGUCAUCGACUUCGGUUCUGCCAGUCAUGUUUCCAAAGCUGUGUGCUCAACCUACCUACAGUCACGCUACUACAGAGCCCCAGAAAUUAUUCUUGGAUUACCAUUUUGUGAAGCUAUUGAUAUGUGGUCACUGGGCUGUGUAAUAGCUGAGCUGUUCCUGGGAUGGCCUCUUUAUCCUGGUGCUUCAGAAUAUGAUCAGAUUCGGUACAUUUCUCAAACACAAGGCCUACCAGCUGAAUAUCUUCUCAGUGCUGGAACAAAAACUACCAGGUUUUUCAACAGAGAUCCUAAUUUGGGGUACCCACUUUGGAGGCUUAAGACUCCGGAAGAACAUGAAUUGGAGACUGGAAUAAAAUCAAAAGAGGCUCGGAAGUACAUUUUUAAUUGUUUAGAUGACAUGGCUCAGGUGAAUAUGUCUACGGACUUAGAGGGAACAGACAUGUUGGCAGAGAAGGCUGAUCGAAGAGAAUACAUUGAUUUGUUAAAAAAAAUGCUAACAAUUGAUGCAGAUAAGAGAAUCACUCCCCUGAAAACUCUUAACCAUCAGUUUGUGACAAUGACUCACCUUCUGGAUUUUCCACAUAGCAAUCAUGUUAAGUCUUGCUUCCAGAACAUGGAGAUCUGCAAGCGGAGGGUUCAUAUGUAUGAUACAGUGAGUCAGAUCAAGAGUCCCUUCACUACACAUGUUGCCCCAAAUACAAGCACAAAUCUAACCAUGAGCUUCAGCAACCAGCUCAAUACAGUGCACAAUCAGGCCAGUGUUCUCGCCUCCAGUUCUACUGCAGCAGCUGCUACUCUUUCUCUGGCUAAUUCAGAUGUCUCACUGUUAAAUUACCAGUCAGCUUUGUACCCGUCAUCUGCAGCACCAGUUCCUGGAGUUGCCCAACAAAGUGUUUCCUUGCAGCCUGGAACCACCCAGAUUUGCACUCAGACAGAUCCAUUCCAACAAACUUUUAUAGUGUGUCCACCUGCUUUUCAAACUGGUCUGCAAGCAACAACAAAACACUCUGGAUUCCCUGUGAGGAUGGAUAAUGCUGUGCCAAUUGUACCCCAGGCGCCGGCUGCUCAGCCGCUGCAGAUACAGUCAGGAGUUCUUACGCAGGGAAGCUGUACACCACUAAUGGUAGCAACUCUCCACCCUCAAGUAGCCACCAUCACACCGCAGUAUGCAGUGCCCUUUACUCUGAGCUGCGCAGCCGGCCGGCCGGCGCUGGUUGAACAGACUGCUGCUGUACUGCAAGCUUGGCCUGGAGGAACUCAGCAAAUUCUCCUGCCUUCAACUUGGCAACAGUUGCCUGGGGUAGCACUACACAACUCUGUCCAGCCCACAGCAGUAAUUCCAGAGGCCAUGGGGAGUGGCCAGCAGCUAGCAGACUGGAGGAAUGCCCACUCUCAUGGCAGCCAGUACAGCACUAUCAUGCAGCAGCCAUCCUUGCUGACUAACCACGUGACACUGGCCACUGCCCAGCCCCUGAAUGUCGGCGUUGCUCAUGUUGUCAGACAACAACAAUCCAGUUCCCUUCCUUCAAAGAAGAAUAAGCAGUCUGCUCCAGUGUCUUCCAAAUCCUCUCUGGAUGUUCUGCCUUCCCAAGUCUAUUCUCUGGUUGGGAGCAGUCCUCUCCGCACCACAUCUUCUUACAAUUCCCUAGUCCCUGUCCAAGAUCAGCAUCAGCCAAUCGUCAUUCCAGAUACCCCCAGCCCUCCUGUAAGUGUCAUCACCAUCCGAAGUGACACUGAUGAGGAAGAGGACAAUAAAUAUAAGCCCAGUAGCUCUGGCCUGAAGCCGAGGUCUAACGUCAUCAGUUAUGUCACUGUUAAUGAUUCUCCAGACUCUGACUCUUCCUUGAGCAGCCCGUAUUGCACUGAUACCCUGAGUGCUCUCCGGGGCAAUAAUGGACCACUUCUGGAAGGCCCUGGCAGAGUUAUGGCAGAUGGUGCUGGCACUCGCACUAUCAUUGUGCCUCCACUGAAAACUCAGCUUGGUGACUGCACCGUAGCAACCCAGGCCUCAAGUCUCCUAAGCAGUAAGACCAAGCCAGUGGCUUCAGUGAGUGGGCAGUCAUCUGGAUGCUGUAUCACCCCCACAGGGUAUCGAGCUCAACGUGGUGCGGCCAGCGCAGCGCAGCCACUCAACCUAAGCCAGAACCAGCAGUCCUCGUCCGUUCCAACCUCGCAGGAAAGAAGCAACAACCCUGCUCCCCGCAGACAGCAGGCGUUUGUGGCCCCGCUCUCCCAGGCGUCUUACGCCUUCCAGCAUGGCAGCCCACUACACUCAACGGGGCACCCACACCUGGCCCCAGCCCCUGCUCACCUGCCAAGCCAGCCUCACCUGUAUACGUAUGCUGCCCCCACCUCUGCUGCUGCUGCGUUGGGCUCCACCAGCUCCAUUGCUCACCUUUUCUCCUCACAGGGUUCUUCGAGGCAUGCUGCAGCCUAUGCCACUCACCCCAGCACUCUGGUGCACCAGGCCCCUGUCAGUGUUGGGCCCAGCCUCCUCACUUCUGCCAGCGUGGCCCCUGCUCAGUACCAACAUCAGUUUGCCACCCAGUCCUAUAUUGGGUCUUCUCGAGGCUCAACAAUUUAUACUGGAUACCCGCUGAGUCCCACCAAGAUCAGCCAGUAUUCUUACUUGUAGUUGGUGAGCACGAGGGAGGAGGAGGGUUCAUGGCUGCCUGCUCCUGGCCCUGAGUUCUUAACGAGCUACGUAUGGUGAGCACCUCCCUUACACUCUCUUAAAACUUCUUAGCCAGCAACUUGUUCUGCAGGAACCCACUGAAGCUGAAGGCUUUUUGCUGGGGAACCUGUCUCAGUGUUGACUGCAUUGUUGUAGUCUCCCAAACUUUGCCCUAUUUUUUAAUUCUUUAUUUUUAUGACAGCAUUUUUGGUAUUUGGAAGAGUUCAGAAGCCAUCUUCUGCAGUUACCAAGGAAGAGAGAUCAUUCUGAAGUUAUCCUUUGAAAAAUAUUUUGUCUCUCUCACUUGAUUUCUAUAAAUGCUUUUGAAUACAAGUGAAGCCCACUUUAUUUAACUUUGUUUUAUUGUGGUUGCUGGUCAGAGGCUAAAAGCCGAUAGAUUAAAAUCUGGUGACAGAGAAAAGAAAAAUAAGUACUUUUGGUUUGUUUAAAAUUCAAGGCUUAUUUACUUAUUUUAUUUUACAGCAGCUUAUACCACUCUGUAUUUUACUGUCAGGCAUUUCUCCUCAAAAAUUUAUCUUUGUUUUGGGGACAGUCAAAUUUACAUUGUUUUAGUUUUCUUUUCCUGUUGCAUUAUACUUAAUGGACUUUUUAAACUAGUUACAUAUUGAUUGGUUACAUAUGUGAUUAUUGCAAAGUAGGGUUAAAAAAAUUUUCUAGUCAUUCAGUGUGAGAGAAUUUGUGCCCACCAUGGAAAUGCCAAUUAUUUUUUUUAAAUGAAGUGCCAUGAAUUCUUUUAAAAAUUAUUUUUAAGGACUCCACUUUUCUGAUUCAACUUAAAUUUUAUUAGAGAAGCCAUUAAAGUGAUUAUUGUAUGGUGGUAGUGGUUUUAUUAUAUGCAAAAUCUCUUUCUAUUAUGAGAUACUGGCAUUGAUGAGCUUGCCAACAGGUUGUUGGUAUUGGUGAUCUUUGCCUGAAGAUUACUAUGAAUUUUCAAGAAUCCACCUCUGUGUUUUCCUCAUCUCUCCCUUCUGUUUUAUGCGAUUUAUUUGGGGAGAAAGCUAAAGGAUCUGAAACUAGAUAAGAACGUUGUUAUGUAUAGCUUUUAUACUUUAAAGUAGCUUCCUUUGUAUGCCAGCAGCAAAUUGAAUGCUCUCUUAUUGACUUAUAUAAUAAGUGCAUGUAGGAAUUGCAAAAAAAUAUUUUAAAAAUUUAUUACGGAAUUUAAAAUAUUU